AAAUGCCUCCACGUUCUCCUUUUCACGUCACGCGGGUCAUUAAUUUCCCCGCCGUGGACAAAAGCUUGGAGGCCUGUCGUGACUUCUCUCAAGGUCCGUUCCCACAGCAGUCAGUCGACUCUGGCCGUUAGGAGGACUCUCUUCCAUCCCGCCCCGUGAGACUACAGCGCAAUCCUAUUGGCUGGGACCUGCGUUGGAACCAGCCAAUCAGAGCGCGGGAAGCCCAAGCCCAGCGCGGUUCAUAGGAGUGUCACUCCAGUGUUUCGGCUCCAGAAGAAAGUUGGACGUGUUCGCGGUGCGACCCUCAUUCAUCCGCUCAAUUAACAUCUAAUUAGCCUUCAAAGCUGGAGCCGGGGCGGCGUGUGUCAUCCAUCACACCCCGGAGAGCCUGAUUACCGCUUCCCCCGGACCACCGGAGGCUGAUUACCGCUCCGCCCGGACCGCUGGAGAAAUAACAUGGCAGACUUUGAAAUCGACGUGGAGAGCCUGGAGGCGGAGAGCGACGAGCAGCCGGAGGACUCGAUGUGCUGCAGCCGGCCGGGCUCCGCGCCGCUCGGCGAGGACGACGGAGACGGAGACGGAGACGGCGGGAAGGGCGACGGCAAGCCGGGCCCCAGCGACCUGAGCUCGGGCGACCAGAGGAAGCUGAGCCGCACGCCGAAAUGCGCCCGCUGCCGCAACCACGGCGUGGUUUCCUGCCUGAAGGGCCACAAGCGCUUCUGCAGGUGGAGGGACUGCCAGUGCGCCAACUGCCUGCUGGUGGUGGAGAGGCAGCGGGUGAUGGCGGCGCAGGUGGCCCUGAGGAGGCAGCAGGCCACGGAGGAUAAGAAAGGGAUUUCUGGGAAACCGAUUCCAGCGGAGAGAAGGAUUUACCAGCGACACAUCCGACCCUCGACGAUGCUCGCCAAAAGCAUCCUAGAAGGAUACCGUCCGGUGCAGCCGGAUCCGUUCCUGGCGCCCAACGCCGCCCUUCCUCCUCCACUGAGCGACCGCAUGAGGAAGAGGAGGGCCUUCGCCGACAAGGAGCUGGAGACCAUCAUGCUGGAGCGCGAGUACAAAGAGCGGGAAGUUCUGGAGAGCAAUCAGGCGGCCGCCGGCCCGCUGCGGUUCCCGGCCGGCCUGGUCCACCACGCCGCCGCCGCCGCCGCAGAGUUCAGCGCCUACAAGGCCGGCUUCUCUCCAGUGCCUCAGAUGGAGCAUCAACCCAAAGAUCUGUGCGGCUUCCUCGGCUCCAGCUGCCUGGAUCUGCCGGCGCCGUAUCCCAGCAGCGCCGCCAACGUCGAGUUGAUCUCCUCCAACGUCAGCGUGGCCACCACCUACCGCCAUUACCCGCUGCAGCCGUCGCGCGGCGCCAACCCCGGCGGCGGCGGUGGCGGUUUUGUGAUGUGGCCCCGCGGCGCCGCCAACCUGGGGGACGCUCUGCUGUAUCAGCAGUGCCUGUUCAACGCCACGGCGGUGCAGAACAUGAAGCCGGGCGCAGUGUGGGAGCCUAAAGUGAUGCCCGCCGAGAGCCAGCCGCCGGAGCUGGAGGCGGCGGCCGGGCUCGCCGCCAAACUGGAGGGGUCCCGAGCAGCCGUCCUGCUGGACCCCAAACCUCCCAGCGCCUCCCAAAUGAAGGAGUGCUCGGCCUUCUCUCCUCCAAAACGCAGCUUCGGACACUCCUUCGCCAGCAACAGUCAUUCCCACAACCCGAAGCUGAGCAAGGACGGCGCUAAGCUGUCCAUGAAACUCGACUCCUUCCACAGCCUGGUCCAGAACUCGCUGGUGGGGAAACCCGGCGGGCCGGACCUGAGGGCGCCGUACUGCAGGGAGCUGCUGGAGGAGGCGGCGCGCAAGUUCAGGGAGGGAAACGGCAAGGACGUUUCGACCAAACCCUCGGGGAACAAAAUGGCGUCCGGCGAGCCUCUGUCCUUCUCGGUGGAGGCCAUAUUGAAGCGGCCGGCGCCGGCGGUGAGCCGAGCAUUCCACUGACUCUGACCAGGAUCCAUUUUUUUGCACUACAAAACGUUUCG